AUGAUCAUAAAAAUCCAAUAUUUUGAACAGAGUGGUAAAAAGAUGUUCUCAGCUUUCUACAGGCGGGUGUUAUGCCUUCUUGGGAUCUUCCUCUUGGCCGUGGCGCUGGACUCGGUACAGGCCCACUCUACCCAACCCCCUGUAGAAGCAACAACGAUGGCGACUACGACGGCAGCCAGUGUGUCGCGUAAAAAGAUGGAGAAGAGUAUUUAUCUUCUUGCGGAUGAUAUGCUGCGCACUGUGGUGUACCUUGCGCUGUCAGCCGUGUUUGCUGGAUUGACCAUUGGUAUCAUGUGCAUGGAUACAUUAACAAUAGAUAUCAUAGCAACCAGUGGCCCGGAACCCGAUCGAACGUACGCCUCACAGAUUUUACCCCUGAGACGCCAGGGACACAAGACGUUAUGCACAUUGAUUUUAUCCAACAUGCUGAUGAACGUCUUGGUAGUACAGGAGGUUAGUGCGGUUCUGGACCGGGUUCAUGAGAUUGAGGCUCUAGGUUUUAUGCGGCAGGCGUUGAAGGAGAAUGACACAGUCACAUCCUUUGUCGUGAGUACUUUGGCUAUUCUCAUUUUUACGGAGAUAAUCCCAAUGUCUAUUUGUAAGUCGAAGUAUUCACUUCGAAUUGCCGCAGCCGGAAGUAUACUUGUGCACAUUGCCAUGGUGCUGGUGUACCCUGUUGCCGCCUCCCUUGGAUGGUUGCUUGACCGCUUCGUGCCUCACGACGCGGGACAGAUUUACGACCGCAAUGAGCUACGUAAGCUGAUGCUGCUUCACUGCGAGGCGCACGGUGACCGCAGCGGCCUCGUUAAGUCGGAACUGCAGCUUUUGAUGGCCGCAAUGGACUUCCACGAGCGAAAGGCCUCAGAUAUCAUGACGCCGAUCGAGCGCACCACUGUGGUGAGGGCGGAGGAAGUCAUUACAAUGGAGCUGAUUGAACGCUUGUGGACGUCUGGUCGUUCACGCAUUCCUGUGAUACAGGAGCCCAACAACUACAUUGGUGUUCUCCUUGUCAAGGACCUGCUGACGGUGCCCAUGCCGAUUGGUGAUGCGGACCCCAUUACAAUUGAGGAGCUUCUUAAGGCCAAAUCUCGGGUCUUUGCCACUGUGAACCUCAACUCUCCACUGCCGUCACUUCUUCGGGCAUUUCAGCACGCCAAAACGCACUUGUUUCUUGUCACAGGUGAGGCGGAGGUGGAAGAAGGGGUCACUAACGAAGGUGAGGAAAACAUUCGUUUUCAUUAUUGUGUUCGUAAGCCUUGGUUCGAGAAGGGGGAGAAUGUGGUGGGUAUUGUGACCCUGGAUGAUGUCACAGAGGCAUUGAUUAAAGGGGAAAUAUACGAUGAGUAUGACUGCUAUGAGUUUUCCGCGGAGGAUCAUUUGAACUGCCCAAGCACCUCUGUGUGUGUUCUCAAGAAGGGGGUACCCAUGCCCCUUCCAGAGCCAAAGCAGGCGCCUCGGGCAAAUUUUUGCUCCUACUACGUUCACAAUUUACAAAAUGUUCCUUUAACGGAAUCACAGGUGUGGUCCGUCGCGUAUUACUUAACGCGAGCUGUGAAUUCCUUUUUCCUCUGGCAUCCAGGGUACGUUAAAAUGCUUUUGGACGAAUGUGGUGAUGAGCAACUUGUUCCGCCUUCGGUCUCCUUUGGCGAUGACACAUCCGUGGAGGGGACAAGAAGCAGCUUACAACGUUUUCCAGUGACAUCUUCACCAAUCACGUCUGAGCACUCUGAAUCAACGCGGAUUUCACCACAGUUUUCAUUGGAGACCUCCAGAGAGGAUCCCUACAGCAAUCCUCUUGCCCUGGCGCCGGACGAACGGUUUGUACUAUACCGUGACGGCGUGGCGACCACUGUUUUUACGCUCGUGCUUGCUGGCAAGGUCGUGGCCUCCGUGGGCCCCAGCAAGUUUCCGCUCAAGCGAAGUUGUUUUCAGUGCUUGGCGGAGGAGGCAUUAACGUCUUCGGACUACGCCCCUGAAUUUGACGCCGUGGUCUUGUCUCCAACACGGGUGUACCGCAUUCCAAAAGAGCUGUACUCACGGUACCUUGACUACAACGCCGUCUAUACUAAAACCUACGAUAAGUUGGUCAUGCUGGGCAUGAGCUCCGUAGAUGUGGCUCAGCAUGCGCCAAAAAGUGAUUCGCUAACCCAACGGCCGGGAGACGCUGGACAACGCCAGCCGCACGGCGAUGACAAGGAGGGGUUAUUGCAACGCCAAAAAGAAAGCAAUAUGUAUGGAACCUUUGUGUAG